AUGGCUUCAAUGCCGACGACACCUAAUACAACUACACCGCCUCCACUAUCGACGACAACGACAACGCCAAUUCCGGCCCCUGUGGCAUCUGCCGAGAAGACGCAUGGAAUAGCAAUCGAUGAGCCGUCGGUGGCUCAUCAAGCCAUUCUAUUUAUUCUCGAUGUGCUCAUUCGUAACAAUCAAGCCAUGCCUAUUGUGAAGCUUUACGAUAGCUUCGCUGAUCGAACAUUUACACCACAAAUGUUACGUGCUGUCGGUGGCAAUGAGCAAGGAUUACAACAAUUCUUGCUUCGCUAUCCAUCAUUAUUCACUGUAAACAAUGAUACUGUAUCAGCAAAUAGUGCCACACCAGUACGUACAUUAAAUUCAUCAUCAAAAACUCAUCACAAUCGAUUAAAACCAACAGCAUCACCCGCCUCGAGUAGCGAGGCGAGUGAAAAUGAUCUUAUGACAACAUCAGUAACGACUACUACGAAUAAUAAUGAAACAGUAUGGGAUGCAAAGACAAUGCGUGAAAUUGAACAAGAAGCAAUAAAUUUUUUUAAAAAACAACUAUCAAAACGUGAAGAAGAAUGGUUACCAGUUGUUAGUGUUGCUGGACAUGCAUCUCAAGCAUCAGCAGAUGUUAGAAAAUAUGUUGGACCUCAAAAUGAAUUUAAAAUAUUUCUUUUACGUUAUCCAAAUAUAUUUGCUGUUCGUGAUGAAUUUUGUGGUCUUAAAGGUAAAGCUGAUCUACCUGGUAUACCAUUUCCACCACCAUCUCCGCCACCAAAACGACGUGCAACAUUAACAACUCCUAUUGGAAAUAAUUCAAUGUUAACACGUUCAACAUCAUUUAAAUCAAGUAUACGACCAAUGAUAGGUGGUAAUUCAAUGCCAAGUACACCGACAAGUGGAACAAGUUCAUCAAUAUUACUUUCGUCAACAUCAUCAGCAACACGAAAUACAACACAACGUUUAACACCAAAUGAAGUUAAAGCUGUUCAUUAUGUUAUGCGUUUAUUACAUAAAAACGGUCGUAUAUUACUUCAAAGUGUACCGAGUUUAAUAGCUCGUGCACCUGAUCAUUUAGCACAACUAAUUGGUUUUACACGUGAUGAUUUAAUAUUAUUUUUUAAACGUCAUAAUGCUGUUUUUCAGUUACAUACUGAUGGAACUGUUAGUGUUAAAUCUGAUGCUGUACGAGCAUUAUUAAAUAAAAAUGAUGCAAAUAAUAAUAAUAAUAAUAUUAACAACAACAACAACAAUAACAACAAUAGUUUACAAACAUCAUCAUCAUCAACACAAUUAUCUCAACAAUUAGCAAAUUCAAUAACUGCAGCAGGUGUUGUUAUAAGAAUUUUUCCUAAAUAUGGAAUAUUAAAUAUGGAUAAUAAUGAACAAGUGUUUUUUGAUAUUCAGUCAUGUCAUUUUGAAACAUUUAGUGAUCUGACUUGUGUUGUUAAUCCCGGCGACUCUAUGAACUUUAAUGCUAUACUUGGUCCAAAAGAAGGUUCAACUAAAUGGAAAUCAUUAAAAACUUGGCCACGUCAAAAUACUCGUCCAAAUAUUGUACAUUCAGCAAGUACAAAUAAUCUCUCAUCAAUGACAUCAGUUAAUGGUGGUUAUGUAUCACCACCAUCAUUUGAAAACUAUGCAAAUUCAUCUAAUGGAUAUGCACCCAUUGAUCAAGAUUUAAAUGCUUAUCAAAUAGGAAGUGAUUUAAAUGGUAGUGGAUAUGAUGAAUCAAUGGAUAAUAAUAAUAAUAAUGGUGGACAAUUAUCACCAAUAGCAUUGAUUAAUUCAACAAAUGUAAAUCGACAUAGUCGUCUUGGUUUACCAACACUUGAUGAAGAACAAUGUCCAUUACCUAAAAUGGUUGGUGGUCUUGAUGCUGAAGUUCUUCGUCGUAAUUUACAACAAGUUAUUCAACGAACAAAUGCCAUAUCAUUACGUGAACAAGUAGAUGAAACAGGUCGAUAUGUAUCUCAAGGAUGUCAAACAACAUCAACAGGAGAAAUUUUAGCAACAAAUAUACAUAUAGAAUAA